AUGGGACGAGGAUGGUCGCCGGGUGACGAAGAUGGUAGCGGCAGCAGAAGGAUCCUUGAAACGCUGAUUACGUGGGAAAUGGUUGAAAAACUGUUGCAGAGCGCGUUUCGGACCAAAGUUUCGUUUGGCCCAAACAAACGCACUGUUCAAAUAGGUAUUGGCGAGGGUUAUGCGUCCAGAAUUGCACGAAUUUAUCUUGACUGGAUCGACAGUGCUGCUGAUAGUCGCAUUUUGCCGAAGUCCGUAAUUAUCAAAAUACCCAGUCCGGGGUGGAGCGAAACGGUCAACAUCGAUCAGGAUAUUGUUAGAAUGGUAUUUUUUUGA